CACCACCCUACCCCCCACUCCCCGCUCCCGCGCCCUGAGCAGAGGAAAUGAUUUUUUCCGUGAACUGAGUCUCAGUCUGGUGUCGGUGGUGAUGUGCCUGGGGCAGUAGGAAAGGGGGCUAAGAAAGGGAAGAAGGGAAGUGGUGGCGUGAGGAGAGGUGACUUGGUGGCUCAGGCGGUAUCGUGCCUGCUUUCUGUGAAGCACCAGGCUUGGACGCAGAGGUGCAGUUUCAGCUGGCCAGAACGGAACGGCAGGGGUGCAGCUCUGUUGGGCCACAGUAGUGGGCGGCGAGCUCGGGCGGGUGAGGAAAUAUCGGUCCCCGGCAGCCGCCGCUGCCCCUUUGAUGUUUUGGUACGCCGUGCGCAUGCGCUCCACAUUAGAAUUACUGCACUGGGCAGACUAAGUUGGAUCUCCUCUCUUCAGUGAAUCCCUCAAUCCCAUCAAAAACUAAAGGGAUGUGCAGAGUCCGGAAAAGGGGCUACUUUGGGAUUUGGUCGUUUCCCUUAAUCAUCGCCGCUGUCUGUGCUCAGAGUGUCAAUGACCCUAGUAAUAUGUCGCUGGUUAAAGAGACGGUGGACAGACUGUUGAAAGGCUAUGACAUUCGUCUGAGACCAGAUUUUGGAGGUCCCCCUGUGGCUGUAGGAAUGAACAUUGAUAUUGCCAGCAUUGAUAUGGUCUCUGAAGUCAAUAUGGACUAUACCUUGACCAUGUAUUUUCAGCAAGCCUGGAGAGAUAAGAGGCUGUCCUACAAUGUAAUACCUUUGAACUUGACUUUGGACAAUCGAGUGGCAGACCAGCUCUGGGUGCCUGACACCUACUUCCUGAAUGAUAAGAAGUCUUUUGUACAUGGAGUGACCGUCAAAAACCGUAUGAUCCGACUGCAUCCAGACGGCACAGUCUUGUAUGGCCUCAGAAUCACAACUACAGCUGCCUGCAUGAUGGACCUGAGGCGGUAUCCACUGGAUGAACAAAACUGCACCUUGGAGAUUGAAAGCUAUGGAUACACAACUGACGACAUUGAGUUUUACUGGCGUGGCGAUGAUAACGCAGUCACGGGGGUGACGAAGAUCGAACUUCCUCAGUUCUCCAUCGUAGAUUAUAAACUUAUCACCAAGAAGGUGGUUUUCUCCACAGGUUCUUACCCGAGAUUGUCCCUCAGCUUUAAGCUGAAGAGAAACAUUGGCUACUUCAUCCUGCAGACGUACAUGCCAUCCAUUCUGAUUACCAUCCUCUCGUGGGUCUCCUUCUGGAUUAACUAUGAUGCUUCUGCUGCACGAGUUGCAUUAGGAAUCACAACUGUCCUAACAAUGACCACAAUUAACACCCACCUCAGGGAGACUCUCCCUAAAAUUCCCUAUGUAAAAGCCAUCGACAUGUACCUGAUGGGGUGCUUUGUCUUUGUCUUCAUGGCCCUUCUGGAAUAUGCCUUGGUCAACUACAUCUUCUUUGGGAGAGGACCCCAGCGCCAAAAGAAAGCAGCAGAGAAAGCUGCUAAUGCCAACAAUGAGAAGAUGCGCCUGGAUGUCAACAAGAUCUUUUAUAAAGAUAUUAAACAAAAUGGGACCCAGUAUCGAUCCUUGUGGGACCCUACUGGAAACCUCUCCCCAACUAGACGGACUACCAAUUACGAUUUCUCUCUGUAUACGAUGGACCCCCAUGAGAACAUCUUACUUAGCACUCUCGAGAUAAAAAAUGAGAUGGCCACAUCAGAAGCAGUAAUGGGACUUGGAGACCCCAGGAGCACAAUGCUUGCCUAUGAUGCCUCCAGCAUCCAAUAUCGGAAAGCCGGAUUGCCUAGGCAUAGUUUUGGCCGCAAUGCUCUGGAGCGACAUGUGGCACAAAAGAAGAGUCGCCUGAGGAGACGUGCCUCUCAACUGAAAAUCACCAUCCCUGACUUGACUGACGUGAAUGCCAUAGAUCGGUGGUCCCGCAUUUUCUUCCCAGUGGUGUUUUCCUUCUUCAACAUUGUCUAUUGGCUUUAUUACGUGAACUAAACUACAACCUCCCAUGGGGACGCAAGGACUAGAUUACUCCUCAAACUGUUGUACAGCCUGAUGUAGGACUUGGAAAACACAUCAAUCCAGGACAAAAGUGAUCUUAAAAUACCUUAGUUGCUGGCCUAUCCUGUGGUCCAUUUCAUACCAUUUGGGUUGCUUCUACUAAGUAAUGAAUGAAUACACUAAGGUCCUUGUGGUUUUCCAGUUACAGAGCAAGUGAUACAUACACAUGCUGGAAAGAUUGAGUGUGAAGUAUUCCACUUUAUGAGUUUAGUGCACAGCCUACUCAGAGGGUUAUUAUCUAGAUUCUAGAAGAUGUUAGAAAGCUGAAUAGCAUUGGCAGUCAAUUCUCUGAGACAUGAUCAUUUCGCUCUCCAUCAUUGUUCCUAAGAAUGGCAUGCUGUUGGGACAGCACUGUGCUUAUGAAGCAUUAUCUGCAAUAAUGGAAACAUGUUACAUCAAUAUGGUCAGUGAGGUCUGUGCCAGAUGAUAAUGGUGUCAUGGACAGGUGAUUCACAAGGGUCUAAUAGACUCACAUGUAUUUGGAGAACAAUCAAAGUAGGGAGGUGGGGCAAAGCUUCAAAGAAGAAACUCAGGAAACCAAUUUAUCUGCUCUGUUCGCUUGCCUACAAAGAACCAGCAGCAACGUCUUUCAAUUUGGCAUUGAGACAGAGGAAGACUUCAGAGGAGAACAUGCAUAGCAGCAAAGAUGUAUGUUUUGCCAGAAAACUAUUUCCGAGGUGGUUAAAAUAUAAGUUAAUAGCAUGGAUCAGGCAGGGUUAAAAAUCCAGAAAUGACUUGUUAAGAGAAAGCAAGACAAGCCAGUGCAGCCCUUAAUCUGUGGCACAUGGCAUUGGGUCUGCACACAGUGCUGAUCAUAAAAGAGUAGAAUGAGAGGGAUGGCUUUGCUAACCUCAUAAGCAUAAGCUUAGCAAAUGUAAGGAAGGUACUUUUUAAUCGUUUAUCUCAUCAACAGGUAGCUAUCAAAUAGCUAGUGAAGAGAAUUAAAAGUAUCUUGAUAGGUUAGAUUGAUUUUUUUUUUUUUUUUUUUUUUUUUUGUUUUUUCGAGACAGGGUUUCUCUGUGUAGCUUUGCGCCUUUCCUGGAACUCACUUGGUAGCCCAGGUUGGCCUCGAACUCACAGCGAUCCGCCUGGCUCUGCCUCCCGAGUGCUGGGAUUAAAGGCGUGCGCCACCACCGCCCGGCUGAUAGGUUAGAUUGAGAAUCAUUCUAAUAGUCAAACACAGAGCACAGACAAGCAGGUCAUUUUUCUCAGUGUCAGCUGCCCCUACAUCGUCUCCCCAUCAGUUUAUUUCUGAAUUGAAUAUGGUAUUUCAAAAAGAGAACUUUUUCUUUGCUCUAAAUGAUUAAUCAUCAUCUUUAGCUUUUCUUGCUUUCAAAAUUCUCUUUUUACACUUAGGAGUCAGACACAGCAAGGUAUUUCAGAGACUGCAGGAGCUGGGGUUUUUUUAGGUGCCAUAAACUCCGUCUUUGUAUUUUCCAAGGCAGGUGUAUGUGCAAAGGGAAUCUGUGUGUCAGUUGGGUCUGGUGAUUUAAAGGGUGCUUACAUUGUAUAUAUUGCAACCUACUUAGUCAAGCAAAUCAUAAGAACUAGUGGACAAUGAGAUUGCAACAAAGUCAUGGUAAGUGUUGAGCUCUCGGUUGACGCUGCAGAAGUAUAGACAGCUGACAAGCAGGAUGGUGAGAUGUGUUGUUUUUAUUCUACCUUUCCAAUUAUAUCAUUCUGCAUCUUUCUAUAUUGGGCUUACACAUUCAUAUACUGGACAGAAAAGAGAACAGGCUGAUACAUUAUUUUUUUUGUCAAUAGGGGUCUCCUAUCUGGCUUUCACCUACAGAAAAUACUGAAUUACUAAGUUUUCUAUAAGUUUGGCUCUGAUUGACCAUUUCCUCAGAGGAUGCCUGCUAUUUCUACUUUUAAAAUAAUCCAAAAAUAAUUCUGUCCUCAGAGUAAGGUCCCCAGUAAGUGCGUAGGAGUCAAGGCUAGUAUCAUUCUGCAGGUAAAGUACCCAUUUUCUUCCCCUCAUGAUUCAGAAACUUGGGAUGUUAAGCGUUAUUGUGCAUUUCCAUUCCAACAAUUAGAGAGAAACAAGAAAAAGGGAAAAAUAAUUUAUCACUCAUUUUCUACAUUUUCACAAAGUUGGGAUAGUAGGGUGGUUUGGUUUGGUUUGGUUUGGUUUGGUUUGGUUUGGUUUGGUUUGGUUUGGUUUGGUUUGGUUUGGUUUGGUUUGGGUUGGGUUGGUUUGGGUUGGUUUGGGUUGGUUUCAGUCAAUGCUGGGAAGUCUGGCUCCUGUGUUUUGGUUAUGUACCUGAACACCACUAAAUUACUGGACCACAGAUCUGACAGAGAAUCUCUGCAUGUGCUCAGAGUAGAGAUCCUUCAAGUUUCUCCAUGCUUUCUCCUACUCAAUCAUUUCUGCGGAUCACAGUAAUAAAAGUGCCUAUCCCUUGUCACCAAGGGGUGAAGUUCGAAUCGAAAAUAACAUGAAAGAAGCAUAACAAUAAACUCAGGGGCACACCUGUGACACGCCAUUCUGAGAAGAUUUUUCUAAAGACAAUUCAGAGCCUAAAUCUAGGCUCCCAUUUGCAAUUUCCAUAAAAGCCAUAAAGAAUCCUAGAUAUUGUCAUUUGUGAUUACAACAAAAUCUUAGAUGUCCAGGGAAGUCAAGCAAACUAUUUAGAUCAAAAUGGAGGGAAGCAGCCUCACAGCAUGGGCCUCACAGCAUGGGCCUCACAUGCAUAUGACGAGGAAACACAUCUCUGCAUUUAACUAAUGCAGAGAGAAGAUGGAACCUUGGAACCAAUGUUCUAGAGUGAAACCAUAUGCUGGCAUUCAAUAACCAUGUAGAAAGAAAACACUGAUUCAUCCUGUCCAGGAAUAGUGAUCCAUGUAGAAUUUAUUUUUAAGCUACAUAUUUAGUUGAAUUAGAAAUGCAGGAAAGGGUGCUAGGUCUGAUGAAUCUGGGAAAACCAAUUAGUUUGCUACCCAGUAAUUAAACUAAAGGACCACCAAGGUGUGUUUUGGCAAUCUUAAAAUGGUAUUACAAUCAGUUUAUACAUAUGUAUAGUUUUUUCUUUUGAUUAUACAAUAACCAGAUAGCCAGCAAUUAAGGUGUUUUUUUCAUCUCUGAGAAAUUAAUAGGCAAAUUCCGACUCUCAAAUGCACAGUCUAAAAGAAAUCUCUGAUCUCAAUCUGUAUAUAUAUAUAUUGUACAUGACUGCUUGUAGGUAUGAAAUGCACUUCUGAACUGAAAUCUCAUGCAACAUACCCAUGUGUUUGCAUAGGAAUGUUACAAUUAUUUCUACUGCAAUUUAACAACAGGGGAUAGGACUCAAGCAGUGUCAUCUAGUCCUUCUGUCUCUUCAUUUCAACAAGAGCAGUGCUAAGUAAAAUAAUAACAACGAUAACAAUAAUGAUUGUUUUUUUUUUUAAACCAAAAGACUCUACAUUCUAGCAUUAGGACCACACAGAAAUGAUCUGUCAGCUUACAAAAGCACAAGACAUCACAAAAGUGCAGUGGAAUAGUUAAUGGAGAAAUGAAUCAUGGUUAUUUUAAGCAAGACCUGCUUUAAAUUGGCAACUAUGACCACUUCUAUUUUCUGUAGGUCACUGUGUUUCAGUCUUAUGGCUAAUUUCAUGCUAAAAAACAAAAACUGAAAACAUCAACGUAGACAGGUCUUAUAGCGUAUCUACAUGUGUAUAUGUGUAUAUAGAGAUCCGUGUAAACACACAUGCAUAUGUAUGCAUUCAUAUGUCAGAAACAAAAGGAAUAAGCUAAUGAGUUGCUCCCUUCAUUGAGUCUGUAUAUGAGUAUUUUUUUUUCUUCUAAUUUGGCAACCAAUAGUCACCAUUCUGACAUAAGUAACACAGGGUACUGAACAUCUCUCUCAGCAAAUCAAUGCCUACAGUUCCUAAGAACAUCUCCCAGCUGGACACCCCACUAGUACUGUACCUCAGAACAGCAGGUGUUAACUAGUGUCCGCAUUGCUUGUCAAAUGUCCAUUUGCUCCCUUUCUAAGGACACAGAUAACGUUGUUCAUUGGUGAUUUAAAAUUAAAAAAAAAAUAAGAAAAUGGAAAAAAAAAAUCCUCCUGGGAGGAGAAAAAAGAAAAAAAAAAAAAAAAAGAAACCAACCCUCACCAUGUUGGUCAGGGAAAAUUACAACUGUAGCAAUCACGCCAUUUUGCCAAGUGUACAGAGUCUGUUAUGUAAGCAACCAUGACUUUCACUGAGUGUGUGUAAAUAUUUAAACAGAUUUCCUAAAUAUUUUUAACUUCUAAUUUGUAUUUUAUGGUAAGGCAAUGUACUAAUUCUGUUUAUGGCUUACAUUGAUGUGUUACAAUAUGUAUAUAAUUAAAGAUGCUGUAAAUUAAUAGUCAAUAGAUACUGUUUAGGGUUUUUGUCUUAAUUUUAUCUAUUUUUUUUUUACUGAGUAUGUUUACUGGAGUGCCCCAGCAGAGUAAUUUAAACACCCUUUUGCAUAAAUGAUUUGGGAAUCCCAGACAGAAGGAUUUCCAUUGCUGUCUCUCACAUAGAGGUAUGAGUAUGCACACAUACACACACACACACACACACACACACACACACACACACACACACACACCUGUCUUCCACUCCCUUCUUUUCACUCCUAUUUUCUCACUCUCAGUGGGAAAUGUAGCAUUGUUUUGGUGUAUAUUAACAACCAAGAGAUGCUUUGGAAAUGGCAACUGGAGAAAAGGAAAAGUGGUUCGGGUUAACUUAGUCGUUUUUCUAAGCUAGAGUAAAAAAAAAAAAGCCAAAGUUUGCCAAUGAUAGCUUUUCCCCAAAACUAGAGGUUUGUAGCCGUACUGCAGAAAACAAAAAAAUGUUUAUUCAUGCCAGCUCCAGAAAUUUGUUACAUACAGUGCAUGCUAGAUGAGUUUUUUUAAUGUAUAGUAGCAUUCUGUCUUUAGAUAGUAUUAUUCCUUUCAACCAAAGACUCCAGAAUUAUUUUUCAAAAGGAAAGAAAAAAAGGAAAUGGGGAAAAAAGACACUGCUUUACACCAAAGUUUAAAUAUUUUUUUCCAAAUGCAGUAGGAAGAUGGUUUUAAAAUAUAGUAAGGAGUCAAUAGAGGGUAAAUUCAGAUACUGCCCUAAACAAAUUAUUGUUUGUUUGUGUGUUUGUUAUUUUUAAGUUGGAAAAAAAUUGUACCCUUUAAUAGCUUUAGUUUUUGGAAAUUCAAUGAGAACAUUUCUCUAGAUAUGUGCAAGAUUUUGACAUCAAUUUCUAAUUUGAUUUAAGAAGUACUUUUUGUGAUAAACAUCCAAAACAAUGAAAAAGAAUUACUUUGAGUUCUAAGGCAAAAUGCCAUUCCCGGUCACUCCACCUUACAUCUGAUGCCACACCUCUGUCAUUGCACCAUUUGAAUCAAGUCAACAUUUCCAUCAGCUUGUAUUCUUUCUCAUUUUAUAUUUUGGUUCAAUGAUUAAGAAUCCAACCACGUUUAUUUUAAACACAAUUCACGCAAACAAAGUUGCCUAUAAUUUAAAUUCCAUGCCACUUACAAUUUUUCUUUGCGCGGGUGUUUAAAUAGUUCUGUUACGGAAUUGUUCCUGCAUAGUUCUGAACUGUCCUUUCCUAAGGAGUGAUGUUCUAGUUUCUUCACAAUGUAGUGAUUAUCAGCCUUACAAUGACCUUGUAGCCUUUCUGAACACACACUUCAUGUUCACUCCCCAACAGCUAGACAAUGCAAAGCACUAGCGGGAUACAUUGCAUCCGUUUUCACGUCUUUCUAAAAACAGGACUUCUAAAAUCUCUGGGAUACAUGCAGUAGUAAAAAUCAAAGGAAGAUUAUCAAUGAAUAGCACAUAAGAAUUAUUUUCAUGAAUUUCAACUUAUUGCAGCCAGUUUCCGCAUGUAAAUAUAUAAUAAUGUUGGCUAGUGUGUAAUUCUUGAGCUAAGAAAUAUAAAUAAAAAUUAAAAGUUC